CUUUCUUUUUUUAAAAUCACACAUACACAAACCUUCCAAUAAGUCUAGGCCUCAGAGUUUGAUGACUCACUACCAACUCCAGAAAAAUUAAAAAAUUUAACCAUCACUACUUAAAACUCUGGCAAAGCCCCACAAACACAUUAAGUAAACUGAGGAAAGAACGGCGAGUGGGCCACACAAGGCUCUCCCUGCGAGGAUAAGGCUGUUAAUUUGUCGACAAAACGGGAUUCUUUUACAAGUAAAAGGGAUAAAUCUGCGUAACCACCACCACCUUUUUUUUUUUUUUUGGCCAAGCUUAAUGAAAAAAGAGGGUGGGGAGAUGUGUCCCUUCACUUUCUAGGUUCGGAUCCUGUCCACCCGGUUUCUGAAUGCUCUCAACAGUUACCCAACCGCCUGUUUCAAGGGCUUCCCUGUUGCUCAGAAUGCCACCUGGACACUUCUGGAAGGAAACUAUCAAAGACAGUCUUCCCCUCCUCCCAGGCUGUGUACUGAUCCCCACUCAAUCCAGCCCAGGGCAGAGUCCAAAAGGGGAGGGAGAGAUGCAAGCAGGGUCAAAGGGACCCCAAGAGUCCACCACGUCUGGGAAAGAAAAGGAAAAGCUGCUAUGGCUUCCUGUAGCUGGGGCGCACGCCAGCGCGCCCCCUUUCCUUUGGGAGGACCCCCGGUCCCCGUUCGUCCCCGAGCUCCCACCCCGCCUCCCGGAGCCCGGUGAAAGGAAAAAUGUGCGGGGACCUCCCCCCAGCAGCUCCAAACGCCGAGGUGCUCCCCACGAGCCUCAGAGCCGCCCCAACCUCAGGUCUCCCGCCGCGGGCCCUGCAGGAAACCCCCCACAGCCUGCGGCUUGGAACCCCGGGCAGGCUGGAGGGUAGGGGCGGCAGGCCAGGCAAGGCGCCGAGGCCCGGGCUCCGGGAGCGGCCUCGCAGGGAAGACCGGACCCGCAGGUUUUGUAUGAACUGAAUCCUGGGGCCUUGGGGGUGAACCUGGUGGUAGAAGAAAUGGAGACCAAAGUCAAGCGGGUGAUAAAGCAGGUGGAAUGCCUGGAUGAUCACGAUGCCAAUAAGGCCCUGCAGGAGCUGAUGCCACUGCUGAAGCUGCAGCACGCCCACAUCUCUGUGUACCAGGAGCUGUUCAUCACAUGGAAUAGUGAGAUCUCCUCCCCGUUCCUCUGCCUGGUGAUGGAGUUCAACAAGGUCACCUUCCAGGAAGUCAUUACGGAUAAGAGGGAGGCGAAGGAAAUCAUUGACGCUGAGUGGUUGCAGAAUGUGCUGGGCCAGGUGCUAGACGCGCUGGAAUACCUACACCAUUUGGACAUCAUCCACAGGAACCUCAAACCCUCCAACAUCAUCCUCGUCAGCAGUGACUGUUGCAAAUUGCAGGACCUGAGCUCCAACGCGCUAAUGACGAACAAAGCCAAGUGGAAUAUCCGUGCGGAGGAAGGUGAUCCCUUUCAUAAGUCCUGGAUGGCCCCCGAAGCCCUCAGCUUCUCCUUCAGCCAGAAAUCAGACAUCUGGUCCCUGGGCUGCAUCGUUCUGGACAUGACCAGCUGCUCCUUCAUGGAUGGCACAGAAGCCAUGCAUUUGCGGAAGUCCCUCCGCGAGAGCCCAGGCAGCCUGAAGCGCAUCCUGAAGACAAUGGAGGAGAAGCAAAUCCCGGAUUCGGAAACCUUCCGGAACCUUCUGCCCUUGAUGCUCCAGCUCAACCCCUCGGAUCGAAUAACGAUAAAGGACGUGGUGCACAUCACCUUCGUGAGCGGCUCCUUCAAGUCCUCAUGCAUCUCGCUGACCCUGUACCGACAGAUGCUGCCUGUGUCCAUCACCGACAUGCUCUUAGCAGGCAACGUGGCCAGCAUUUUAGAGGCCAUGCAGAACUUCUCUAGCUGGCCCGAAGUCCAGCUCAGGGCCAUGAAGAGGUUUCUGAAAAUGCCUGCGGAUCAGCUAGGUCUGCCGUGGCCCCCGGAGCUGGUGGAGGUGGUGCUCACAACCAUGGAGCUGCACGACAGGGUCCUCGACAUCCAGCUAUGUGCCUGCUCCCUGCUGCUGCACCUCCUGGGCCAAGCGCUGGUGCUUGACCCAGAAGCUAAGGUUCCCUGCAACCAAGCCAUCACCUCCAGCCUGCUGCGAUGUCUUCGGAGCCACCCUGAGGAGGAGCAGCUUCUGGUCAUGGUCUAUAGCUUGCUGGCCAUCACCACAACCCAGGGUGCAUCUGCCAGCCACCUCCUGCCCCACUAUCCAGGACAGCCCUUCCCAGAGUCUCAGGAAGGGAUGGUUUGGGAGUCAGUGUCAGAGGAGCUGCAGAAUGCCGGGCUGCUGGACCACAUCCUGGAGCACCUGCACAGCUCCCUCCAAAGCAGGGACGUCUGCGUCAGCGGCCUAGGCCUGCUCUGGGCCCUCCUGCUGGACGCUGUCAUUGUGAACAAGGGUACCUUGGAGGAGGUCCCGGACCUCAUCAGCCAGGUGUUGGCCACCUACCCUGCGGAUGCGGAAAUGGCGGAAGCCAGCUGCGCAGUCUUCUGGCUGCUGUCCCUGCUGGGCUGCAUCAAGGAGCAGCAGUUUGAACAAGUGGUGGCGCUGCUCCUGCAGAGUGUCCGGCUGUGCCAGGACAGAGUCCUGCUGGUGAACAGUGCCUACCGGGGACUAGCCAGGCUGGUGAAGGUGUCAGAGCUGGCGGCCUUCAAGGUGGUGGUGCAGGAGGAGGGCAGCAGCGGCCUCAGCCUCAUCAAGGAGACCUACCAGCUCCACAGGGACGACCCGGAGGUGGUAGAGAACGUGGGCAUGCUGCUGGUCCACCUGGCUUCCUACGAGGAGAUCCUGCCGGAGCUAGUGUCCAGUGGCAUGAAGGCCCUGGUCCAGGAGAUCAAGGAGCGCUUCACGUCCAGCCAGGAGCUGGUUUCUUCUGCAGAAAAAGUGCUCCUGAGGCUGGAGGCGGCCACCUCUCUCAGCCCUGAUGCUGGAGAGAAGACAGACACCCCACAGACCCCUCCUCCACAGGCACCGGCUCCCUGCCCUUCCUUCCCGUGGGCCACUGUUUCCCUUGGGUCGGGGGAAGGGUCACCUGGGCCCAGCAUGCGCACCUCACACUCCUCUCAAGGGACUAAUAAAGAGGCCGAAGGCCAGUUUCCACUGUAAUCAUCUCUGGCAAAAGUCUAUGACUGGCCAGUGGCGUACUUAAUUCUGCAGUCUCUGUAAACCUCGCCCCUGGCUGGGUCAGGGGCAGCAGUCCGGACACGGCAGUCCUUCCAGACCAUUCUAGAUGACAGAUGACACUGAGCC